AUGCUCGUCGCCUGGAUGUGGCUGCCUUUUCUGGGGCUCCUGGCUGGCCACGAGGCCCAGAGCUGCAAACCGGAGCUGAGCGGCCUUGCUACAAACGUGGCCAGAGGACGUCCAGCUUUCCAAUCGUCCACCUACGUGAGCCUCAAUUCAGUAGCCAGAAAAGCCGUGGACGGGAACUGCAGCGGACGCUGGAUUGGGCAGAACACUUGUACCCACACGAAGCGAGAGGGGCCCUGGUGGUACAUGGACCUGGUAGCCGGUUAUGCCGUCUCUUCCAUGGUGGUGAAAAACCGAGAGGACUGCUGUGGAGAAAGGCUCCAGGGGGCAGAGAUCCGCGUGGCUGACUGCGUGCCCACCCACGGGCUAUCCAAUCGUCUCUGUGGGACCAUCACCGAUACCCUGGGCUCCAUCAGCACCAUCUCCUGUGACGGUCAAGUGGAACGCUACGUCAGCGUCACCAUUCCUGGCCGCACGGUCUCCCUGGCCCUGUGCGUGGAGGUCUACGGGACCCAGGUGUGAAUCCAGGACCCCUGAGCCUCAGGACACGACUCCAUCAAUCUUGACUCUCUUGAAUAAACUUACUUUGAGCAAUUC